GUAGUCAGUUGUGUAUCAGUUCUCAACGAGUCAACAUCGUGUGGAAAAAUUGUCUCUUCGUCUAUUAAACGACUUAGAAAAAAAAACAAUAAAUUUUGUUUAAAAAAAUCUUCACCAAAUUUUUCCAACAUAAAUUACUUGUACUUUUUUGUACAUCACACUCGCAAAUCUCUUCAAGAGUUCAAACGAAAAUCCUUGCUCGACAAGAAAUACAUUUUUUUUUUAUUUAAGAAAAAAAAAAACACCAAACAAAAACAAAAUGAGUGCAACAGAGAGCAGUGAAUUCGCCGUACCAGAAGUCGUCGCCGAAAACGAAAAGGAAGAAUCAAAGGAAAUUAAAGCCACAAAACGGCCGGCAGAUGAAAAACCAACAGAAGCCAAGAAGGCAAAGAAAGACGAAAAUGGUACUGCCCCCGAAGCCGAAGAUGCUGGUGAUGAGGAAGCCGACGAUGAAGAAAUUGAAGGUGAAGAUGAGGAGUACGGAGAUGAAGGAGACAUUCCGUAUGGUGAAGAAGAUGACCUCGAAGGUGAAGAUGAUGAGGAUGACUUGGAAGGAGAAGGUGAAGAUGGUGACGAUGACGAUGAAGAUGCGUGAAGAGAUUCAUGAACAGCGUAAUUAUAAUUCUUGAAUAAGCUACACACACAAAAAAAAGUUUUAAAAAAUCCAACAAAAAAAAAUGAAGAAGAAGAACAACAAACCACAACAAAACACAUAACCAACAUUUUUUUUUUGUUAAAUUAAAUAAAUGAGAACUAAAAGUAAAAAAAUGGGAAAAGAGUAAAAAAAUUUAAAUAAUGAGAGUAAAAUUAAUUAAAUAAAAUACUUACACAUGAUGAAGUAAUGAACGACAAAUUAUACAAAUUUAAUGCCCAUCAUCCGAUUUUAUUAAGAAACUUUCAUCAAUCCCAUAACAAAAAAAAAACACACAAACAAAUCCAAAUAAUUGUAUGUACGAAUUAAUAGCUAUUUGAUUGUA